AUGGUCCGUCUGCGGGAGAUCCCAAGGACGGCCACCUUUGCUUGGUCUCCUGGAGCUGCAUCACCAUUGAUCGCAACCGGAACCCGAGCGGGUGCCGUCGACGUUGAUUUCUCAAACAAGACAUGUCUAGAGCUCUGGGAUCUGGGCUUGGAUCGUGAAGAUGCAAGCGAGGAACUUCAACCAAUUGCUAAGAUCGAUACCGACUCUGGCUUCAAUGAUCUUGCCUGGACGCGAUCUGAAGACACCAAACGUGGUAUCAUCGCCGGUGGAUUGGAAAAUGGCGCUUUGGAUUUGUGGAACGCCGACAGCUUGCUUGCUGGAUCUAGUGAAUCUCUCAUCUCGAGGACCACGAAGCACUGUGGCGCAAUCAAAGCUCUUCAAUUCAACCCCAAGCACUCCAACCUUCUUGCGACCGGUGGCGCGAAAGGCGAGCUCUUUAUUUCAGACCUCAACAACAUGGAGAAUCCGUUCCGAUUAGGCACCGCUGCAGCCCGUACAGAUGAUAUCGAAUGUCUAGACUGGAAUAAGAAGGUGGCACACAUCCUCGUCACUGGCAGCAGUGCUGGCUUCGUGACUGUAUGGGACGUCAAGACUAAGAAGGAGAGCUUGACGUUGAACAAUAUGGGACGAAAGGCCGUGAGCGCGGUUGCUUGGGAUCCUGCUAAGCCCACCAAGCUCAUUACCGCCACUCCUCUUGAGUCGGACCCUUUGAUCUACGUGUGGGAUCUGCGAAACUCACACGCACCUGAGCGCACAUUGAAAGGCCACGACUCUGGAGUUCUCUCACUCUCAUGGUGUGACCAGGAUCCGGAUUUGAUGCUAUCAUCUGGUAAAGACAACCGCAAUAUCUGCUGGAACCCACAGACGGGUGAGGCAUACGGCGAAUUCCCCGUCGUCACCAAUUGGACUUUCCAAACACGUUGGAACCCCCACAAUCCCAACUUCUUCGCGACUGCCUCCUUUGACGGAAGAAUCUCCGUCCAGACUCUGCAGAACACCAAGGAUAACACUCAAGCCAUUGCCGACCACAAUCAGAAUCUCGAUGGCGAAGACUUCUUUGCCAAAGCUCAAACUCAGCCUCAAGUCUCGAGAUUCUCUCUCCCAAAGCCGCCCAAAUGGCUCGAGCGUCCCUGUGGUGCUUCAUUCGGCUUUGGUGGUCGCGUUGUGUCUGUUGGUCUGACAGAAAAGGGCUCCAGAAACUCGAAAGUCACAAUCACUCCAUUUGAGGUUGACUCCACCGUGGGAAAUGCUACAGAGGUCUUUGAAACAGCCUUGAAGGAUGGAGAUCUCAAGAAUCUCUGCGAGACCCGCGCUGCUGGAGCUUCAACCGAAGAGGAAAAAGCCGACUGGAAGGUGAUUCAGACUUUGCUUUCUGAGAACCCCCGCAAGGGCCUUGUGGAGUACCUGGGUUUCAAUGAUUCGACCGAGGAAGCUACGGAAAAACUUUCUGAGCCUGGUAUGGACAAGGCAGCCGAGGGAGAGACCACCGUGGUCGCUGACGACUCCAAGCCCGGCGUCAAGAAGCAUAAGCGACUGCAAUCCAUGUUCGACGCGACGCCCGACAGCGAUGACUUUUUGACGGAGCUUGCCGCGUCGAAGGGCGUCCAGACAAACAACCCCUUCCACAUCUUCAGCGGUUCGGAAACUUCUGCCGAAAAGAAGAUUACUCGCUCCUUGCUCCUUGGCGAGUUCGAGAAAGCGCUCGAUGUGGCUCUCGCCGAAGAUCGCAUGUCUGAUGCUUUCAUGAUUGCCAUUUGCGGUGGCCAGAAAUGCAUUGAAAAGGCUCAAGAGCACUAUUUCACAAAGCAAGCCGGCGGACCUAAUUACAUGCGCCUUUUGGCUUCGAUUGUCGGCAAGAACCUUUGGGAUGUUGUGCACAAUGCCGACUUGUCCAACUGGAAGGAGGUCAUGGCUGCGCUGUGCACCUUCGCUGACGAGAAGGAAUUCCCUGACUUGUGUGAAGCUCUUGGCGACCGUCUUGAGGAGCAAAUCCGAGUCUCGGGUGACAACACUGCGCGCAAGGACGCUUCAUUCUGUUUCUUGGCUGGCUCUAAACUGGAGAAGGUUGUGUCGAUCUGGGUUCAGGAAUUGCGAGAGAAUGAGCAGCGCGGAAUUGAAAGUGGCGAAGAUAACAGCAGCUUCUCCAUUCACGUUCGUGCUCUUCAGAGCUUGAUUGAGAAAGUCACAAUUUUCCGGCAGGUCACCAAGUUCCAGGACUCAGAGAAGUCAAAGGAUUCCGAUUGGCGGCUGAGCACUCUGUACGAAAAGUAUAUCGAGUACGCUGAUGUCGUGGCCACACAUGGCCGACUGCAAGUCGCUCAAAAAUACCUGGACCUUGUUCCUGAGAAGCAUCCCGAAGCAGAAGUGGCGCGCAACCGCAUCAAUUUGGCCAUGCGACAGGCACCGCAGCAGAGACAGGCCGCCGCGACUCAUGCGCAGACUUCCAAAUCUCUACCAGCCCAACCGAACAUUUAUCAGCCCUCACAGCCCUUCGCUCCGGCGUCUGCCUCUCUUGGUGCGCCUAAUCCUUAUGCUCCAUCGGCACCCGCUGUCGCUCCAGUACAGCCACCUGUCAACCCUUAUGCAGCCGCCACUCCAGCACAGCCUGCGAACCCGUACGCUGCCAUCGGUGGUGGUCCUGCGGCUGCUGCGACUCGCGGCGGUUACACACCAUCUGGAUACCAGCCAACUCAGCCCAUGCCGCCACCAUCCUAUGGUCCACAGUCUACUUUCGGUGGCUCGGCUCCUGGUGGCGUACCUCCUCCCCCUCGUGCAGGUACCCAGUCACCAGGUAAGACCAUCACUACAUACACUACGGCUACUGGCCUUCCCGGUUGGAAUGAUCUGCCCGAGGGCUUUGCUAAGAAGGCUCCAACCCCGCGUCGCGGUACGCCUACGGCUGGGCCAGCUGUCAGCUCUCCGUUCACUGUGCACUCUCCUCCAUUUGCACAAGGGCCCCAAGUCCCUGGGACUCCCCCUCCAGGCCCUCACCGCACGCCCUCAGUUCCACCUCCACCUAAGGCUGGUGCUCUCCCUCCCGCGCGUGUGACCUCGCCGCUGGCAUCAGGCAUGCCCGGACUGUCGCCCCCUCCUCCGGCCAAUCCUUAUGCCUCUUUGCCUCAGCCUCCUUCUGGGUCGGCCAUGUCUCCCCCUUCCGCAUCGAUCCCGCGCGGUCCAUCUCCGUACAAUGCCCCGCCUAGUAUGCCACCCCCGACAAACCGGUAUGCUCCAAGCCCUGCCGCUCAAGCCGGGGGCCCUCAGCUACACAGCCGUGGUCCCGUGGCACCUCCACCUCCUGGGGGUCCCUCGCCUUAUGCCCCGCAGGCAGCAGCCCCUCCUUCAGUAGCAAGCCCCUACGCUCCCAGUGGACCAACUGCUGUUCAGCCGCCUCCAAUGGCCUCAUCGGGGGUACCGCCUCCUCCCCAGGGAUCUCGGCCAGGCACAGCCCAGUCUCAACGGGCAGCGGCACCUCCUCCACCGGCGACACCUAAAUACCCUCCUGGUGAUCGAUCCCACAUACCUCCCAACGCUAUGCCUGUUUAUGAAAUUCUUUCCGCGGACAUGCAACGUGUUAAAGCACGUGCACCUUCAUCGUUCAAGGCCCAGGUUGAUGACGCUGAACGCCGCUUGAACAUUUUGUUCGAUCACUUGAAUAACGAGGAUUUGCUCAAGCCUAACACUGUUGAGGAUUUGGCCAAUCUCGCUCGUGCAAUCCAGUCUAAGGACUACGAAACGGCCCGUGUCAUCCAUCUCGAUAUCAUGACUAAUAGAACGGAAGAGUGUGGCAAUUGGAUGGUUGGCGUCAAACGUCUGAUCAGCAUGAGCAAGGCCACUCCAUGA